CACCAGAAGUUAUAUUUGGAAAAGGAUAUACUUUUGCAUCAGAUAUUUAUAGUAUCGGUAUGCUUAUGUGGGAGAUUUCAUCUGGACAACCACCCUUUGCUGGUUUUGAACAUAAUUAUGAUCUUGUGAUGAAAAUAAUGAAUGGACUGAGACCAAAAAUCGUAUCAGAAACUCCAUUGGAAUAUGCAAAUUUAAUGGUACAAUGUUGGAAUGCUCAUCCAUUUAAAAGACCAAAAAUUAAUAUUCUUGAUAAUAAAAUUAAGCAAAUGAGAAAAUUCUCGAUAACUCCAGUAAUUUCUCUUGAUGAAGAACAAUCCCAUGCAACAUUGAAGGUUAAGUUAAGAGAAAAUUUAUCAACUAAUUUGACCCGAAAUAACCCGGGUACCUGA